AGAUACUUUAUAUGUUUCUUCUUAGUUACAAAUCACGCGGUUUAAAGUCAUUCAUCAACUGUGAUUCUUUUCACUGAGACAUGGCAAAGAUUACAGAUUUUCAGAAUUAUUUCAUAUGUUUUGCGUUUGCUUUUUUCGUAUGUUUCUUCGAAAUCAGCGAUGCGCUCGGAGAAGCAUGCGGGACCCUUUUAUCGGUCCAGCUGUACUGUCCAUCAGGAUAUCACUGUUGUGAUACAGGUCUGUCCACUUGUUGUGCAACGGGAUACUUCUGUGCGGGCACUGUCUGUAUCAGCAUUGCUGCAAUCAUCGUUCCGAUUAUCAUCGUUAUCGUGAUAAUCGUCGUAAUAGUCGUGAUUAUCGUCAAAAAGAAAAAUGCGCAGCCGGGAACAGUGAUUCAUCCGGGACAGCCACAAGUGCAAGUCGCUAAUUAUCCAUCCCCUGGAUAUGGUCAAGGCCCCGCGCCAUACUGAAGAAUAUUGGAAAGCCAUGAAGUUCA